CGCACCACAACACCGACAAAACAACAAUUCCGAACCAGCAUCAUCAUACCAGAAGACAAAAUGAUUCGCGCCAGUGGAGCAGUGAUCGUCGCUUUGGUCACACUCGUGAUUUGCUGCAAUGCUGACCAUCAACAGGAACAAGAGUUAUCCGAUCAUAACUCUGCCGAGCGGUAUGAAAGCGAUUUAAAGCAACGACAAGAAUUAGAAAAUUUCUUACGUUUCUUAUUGCAACAUGAAAUUAAAAAUGAUGGAAGAUACCAUGACUACGUUACGUCUAAUUUAUUAGCUAAAGCUUUGACUGGUAAUGGACGUUCAAAUGACGGUGGAAGUAGCCUUUUAGGCAGAAGUUUGACGUAUGGCAAUAAUUUAGGAGAUUCCUCACUCCUAGGCCGCGGUAUUGGUAGAAAUAACCAAUACGCGAGGUUUGUGGAUGCUCUCGGUGGUGGCAAUUUUGUUCGCAAUUUAGAUUCUAUUGGAGGGGCAAAUCUUGUGAGGAAUUUAGACUCUAUUGGUGGCGCUAAUCUAGUCAAGAAAAAUCUUGAUCAAAUCGGUGGGCCAAAUCUCGUCAAAAGAAAUCUGGACGCUUUAGGCGGAGGAAAUUUUGUGCGUAAUCUUGAUUCAAUCGGAGGAGCUAAUUUAGUUCGAGAAGUGGACCCGCUGGUUCGUGAAGCCCAUCGAAUGGCGCAUUUGGGAAGACGAUAUGAUUAUCUCAGUCCAUAUGGCAGCCGGGCACUGCUGAGUCCUCUCGAAUAUGGGUAUUACGGUGAGGGGUUCCCCAAACGCAACUUUGAUGAAAUCGACCGGUCUAACCUCAACACUUUUGUGAAAAAACGCAACUUCGAUGAAAUUGACCUAUCAUCCAUGCCCUUCCCAUUCAAACGGUUCUACCACCUCAUGGGACCCAAUUAUCUUGACAACCCUGUAUCCAACUUGGAUAAGAAGCGCUACAGACCCGACUACCCCAUGGACGAAAUCGAUCUCUCGCCUUUCCCCAUUGGCUCCAAAAGAUCCAGCGAAUCGCAUUCUCUACGAUAGAUAAUUAUAUUCCAGUUUCAACGUCCAUCGGCUUAAAUCCCCUUAAAAAUACUUCGAUGCUUUGUAUUCUCGUUACAAUAUUUAACAAGAUCAAAUAAUGUUGCUAAGAACUUAGUUGACGUGACUAUACUUCCUUAAUACAUCAUAUUUCGAUAGAAUUAGCAGAUUAUCUUAACAAAAAAGUAUUUAAUUUGAAUUAUAUUUAUGUCAAAGUAUAUUUUUGUAAAAAACCUGUUGUAGAACAGAUAUAAUCAAAUAAACGAUAUC